GCCCCGGACUCUGUGUCGCCGGCGUCUCUCCUGCCUCCGGUCCCGCCAGACACCCCUGGCUCUUCAGGCCGCUUGGUCCCCGUGUGCCCCUCGCACCUCUGUUGCCUGAGCCCUCUGGGCCCCUCCGGCCCUUCUGCCUCCCUCUCUUGUUCCUCUCCGCGAUUCGCUGCCCUCGGAAGCCCCUGGGGCUGGCCGUGUGGACGCGGAGCCACCUCGUCCCCUAGAAUCCACUGACAGACGCCAUGGAGAAGAUGUCCCGCGUGACCACAGCCCUGGGCGGCAGUGUGCUGACGGGCCGCACCAUGCACUGCCACCUCGAUGCUCCGGCCAACGCCAUCAGUGUGUGCCGUGAUGCAGCCCAGGUGGUCGUGGCCGGCCGCAGCAUCUUCAAGAUCUACGCCAUCGAGGAGGAGCAGUUCGUUGAGAAGCUGAACCUGCGGGUGGGCCGCAAGCCCUCACUUAACCUGAGCUGCGCCGAUGUGGUCUGGCACCAGAUGGAUGAGAACCUGCUGGCCACAGCGGCCACCAAUGGCGUUGUGGUCACAUGGAACCUGGGCCGGCCGUCCCGCAACAAGCAGGACCAGCUGUUUACAGAACAUAAGCGCACGGUGAACAAAGUCUGCUUCCACCCCACGGAAGCCCAUGUGCUGCUCAGUGGCUCCCAGGAUGGCUUCAUGAAGUGUUUUGACCUCCGCAGAAAGGACUCUGUCAGUACCUUCUCAGGCCAGUCUGAGAGUGUGCGGGAUGUCCAGUUCAGCAUCCGUGACUAUUUCACCUUUGCCUCGACCUUCGAGAAUGGCAACGUGCAGCUCUGGGACAUCCGGCGUCCUGACCGAUGUGAGAGGAUGUUCACGGCCCAUAAUGGGCCUGUCUUCUGCUGUGACUGGCACCCCGAGGACAGGGGCUGGCUGGCCACAGGAGGGCGCGACAAGAUGGUGAAGGUCUGGGACAUGACCACACACCGUGCCAAAGAGAUGCACUGUGUGCAGACUAUCGCCUCAGUGGCCCGCGUCAAGUGGAGGCCGGAAUGCCGCCACCACCUGGCCACGUGCUCCAUGAUGGUGGAUCACAACAUCUAUGUGUGGGACGUGCGCCGGCCCUUUGUGCCGGCUGCCAUGUUUGAGGAGCACCGUGAUGUCACGACAGGCAUUGCGUGGCGUCACCCUCACGACCCCUCCUUCCUGCUGUCAGGCUCCAAGGACAGCUCGCUGUGCCAACACUUGUUCCGUGAUGCCAGCCAGCCUGUCGAGCGUGCUAACCCCGAGGGCCUCUGCUAUGGCCUUUUUGGGGACCUGGCAUUUGCUGCCAAGGAGAGCCUAGUGGCUGCCGAGUCGGGGCGCAAGCCCUAUGCCGGAGAUCGGCGCCACCCCAUCUUCUUCAAGCGCAAGCUGGACCCUGCCGAGCCCUUCGCUGGCCUUGCCUCCAGUGCCCUUAGUGUCUUUGAGAUGGAGCCUGGUGGUGGCAGCAUGGGCUGGUUUGUGGACACAGCUGAGCGUUACGCUCUGGCUGGCCGACCACUGGCCGAGCUCUGUGACCACAACGCGAAGGUGGCUCGAGAGCUUGGCCGCAACCAGGUGGCGCAGACUUGGACCAUGCUGCGGAUCAUCUACUGCAGCCCUGGCCUGGUGCCCUCAGCCAACCUCAACCACAGCAUGGGCAAGGGCAGUGCCUGUGGCCUGCCACUCAUGAACAGUUUCAACCUGAAGGAUAUGACUCCAGGGCUAGGCAGCGAGACCCGGCUGGACCGCAGCAAGGGUGACACACGCAGCGACACAGUCCUGCUUGACUCCUCAGCCACACUCGUCACCAACGAGGAUAACGAGGAAACUGAGGGCAGCGAUGUGCCUGCCGACUACCUGCUGGGCGACGUGGAGGGUGAGGAGGAUGAGCUGUACCUGCUAGACCCAGACCACACACACCCCGAGGAGCCCGAGUGCGUGCUGCCGCAGGAGGCUUUCCCGCUGCGCCACGAGAUCGUGGACACGCCACCUGGACCCGAGCACCUGCAGGACAAGGCUGACUCACCCCACGUGAGCGGCAGUGAGGCGGACACCAUCUCCCUAGCGCCCAUGGACUCCUCCUUCUCGCUCCUGUCUGUCUCCCAUGCGCUCUAUGACAGUCGCCUGCCGCCCGAUUUCUUCAGUGUGCUGGUGCGCGACAUGCUGCACUUUUAUGCUGAGCAGGGAGAUGUGCAGAUGGCCGUGUCCGUGCUCAUCGUGCUGGGGGAUCGCGUGCGCAAGGACAUUGAUGAGCAGACCCAGGAGCACUGGUACACAUCCUACAUUGACCUGCUGCAACGCUUCCGCCUCUGGAACGUGUCUAACGAGGUGGUCAAGCUGAGCACCAGUCGAGCUGUCAGCUGCCUCAACCAGGCGUCCACCACCCUACACGUCAACUGCAGCCAUUGCAAACGGCCCAUGAGCAGCCGUGGCUGGGUCUGCGACAGGUGCCACCGCUGCGCCAGCAUGUGUGCGGUCUGCCACCACGUGGUCAAGGGCCUGUUCGUUUGGUGCCAGGGCUGUAGCCAUGGUGGCCACCUGCAGCACAUCAUGAAGUGGCUGGAGGGCAGCUCCCACUGUCCCGCCGGCUGUGGCCACCUCUGCGAGUAUUCCUGACCCGCCAGCUCUGGGGUGAGGGCAGUUACUGCCAGAUCUUGAGUCCCAAGGCCCGCUGGGGACAGGAAUGCCUCACUGUUGCCUACGUGCAC